UGACUGUCCAUGCCCGAUAAAUAUCGAUAUAUCCAGUAUACCCACGAUCUGCAUUGUUAUGCGCCUCCAUUUAUCCAUCGGCAAUUAUUCGGCUUUACUGCCAAUAUAAGAGAGCUUCCCACUGAAUACCAGCAUCUCCCAAGCUCGAAGAAAGGUGCAAAGUCGCUAUCAUGAAGACCUCAAUCGUCGCCUGGGCAGUGCUGCUCCCAGCAGCAGCGGCCCAAGCAAACGAGAGCUUCGUCGACUACAACGUCGAAGCCAACCCCAACCUCUUCCCCCAAUGCCUGAUGCACCUCAACAUGUCCUUCCCCUCCUGCACCAGCGGUCCCCUGGCUAAUACCCCCGUCUGCGACCGCAGCCUGGAUCCCCUCACCCGCGCCAAAGGCCUCGUCUCCCUCUUCACACUCGACGAACUGCUCAACAACACCGGAAACAGCAACCUAGGCGUGCCCCGCCUCGGCCUCCCCAACUACCAAGUCUGGGGCGAAGCCCUGCACGGCGUCGGACGGGCUAAUUUCCAGGAUUCCGGCAAAUUCAGCUGGGCAACGUCCUUCCCCAUGCCCAUCAACACCAUGAGCGCACUGAACCGCACCCUCAUCCAGCAUAUCGGGUCGAUUGUCUCGACGCAGCUCCGCGCAUUCAGCAACGCCGGCCACGGCGGCAUAGACGUCUACUCCCCCAACAUCAACACCUUCCGCCACCCCGUCUGGGGCCGCGGGCAGGAAACACCAGGGGAAGACGCAUUCCUCGCCUCCGUGUACGGGUUCGAAUACAUCACCGCACUGCAGGGCGGGGUGGACCCGGAGACGAUCAAGAUCAUUGCCACGGCGAAGCACUACGCCGGGUAUGACAUUGAGAGCUGGAGCGGGCAUUCGCGGCUGGGGAAUGAUAUGCAGAUUACGCAGCAGGAGCUGUCGGAGUAUUAUAUGCCGCCGUUUAUUGUUGCGGCGAAGGAUGCAAGGGUCAGGAGUGUGAUGUGCUCGUAUAAUGCGGUGAAUGGGGUUCCUGGGUGUGCGAAUGUAUUCUUCCUUCAGACGCUGCUGAGGGAUACGUUUGGUUUUGUGGAGGAGGGGUAUGUCUCGGGGGAUUGCGGUGCUGUUUAUAAUGUGUGGAAUCCGCAUGGGUAUGCGGGCAAUGAGUCGGCGGCUAGUGCGGCGUCUGUGCUGGCUGGGACGGAUAUUGACUGUGGGACGUCGUAUCAGUGGUAUCUGGACGAGGCGGCUGGGGAUGCGCUUGUUGCGAGGAGCGAGAUUGAACGGGGUGUUGUGAGGCUUUAUGGUUCGCUUGUUAAGGCUGGUUAUUUUGAUGGUGAGGAUGCGCCGUAUAGGGAUAUUUCGUGGGAGGAUGUGCUGGAGACGGAUGCGUGGGAUGUGGCAUACCAGGCCGCGGUGGAGAGUAUCGUUUUGCUUAAGAAUGAUGGUGCACUGCCGUUGAAGGACGGCGUCAAGAGUGUUGCUGUUGUUGGGCCAUGGGCGAAUGUGACUGAGGAGCUGCAGGGGAACUACUUUGGGCCUGCGCCAUAUCUGAUCAGUCCGCUGGAUGCGUUCAAGGAAUCGGAUUUCAAUGUCCAUUAUGCGAAAGGGGCAGACCUCAACUCGAACUCGACUGCUGGGUUUGAGGCUGCACUCAAGGCUGCGAGACAGGCUGAUGUGGUUGUCUUUGCUGGUGGCAUCGACAACACCAUCGAGGCAGAGGCCAUGGACCGCGAGAACAUCACCUGGCCAGGAAACCAACUCGACCUGAUUGACCAGCUCAGUGAGGUUGGGAAGCCACUAAUCGUCCUGCAGAUGGGCGGAGGACAGGUUGAUUCGUCCUCGCUGAAGAACAACGACAACGUCAAUGCCCUAAUCUGGGGAGGAUACCCUGGCCAGUCUGGCGGACACGCUCUGCUCGACAUCAUCACUGGAGCAAAGGCACCUGCAGGCCGUCUCGUUGCCACUCAAUAUCCGGCCAACUAUGCCAUGGACUUCCCAGCCAUUGACAUGAACCUCCGGCCCAGCGGGGACAACCCUGGCCAGACGUACAUGUGGUAUACCGGUGAGCCUGUCUACGAGUUUGGCCACGGUCUGUUCUAUACCACCUUUAAGGAAUCUACCGAGAGCACCAGUGCAGGGUCGUUCAAUAUCCAGGACAUCCUGGCUCCGUCGCAUCCUGGCCAUGGACGCGUUGACCAGAAGGCCCUGCUCAACUUUACCGCAACUGUUACCAACACUGGAGAGACCAAGUCGGACUACACAGCCUUGCUGUUUGCGAACACCACUGCUGGUCCUGCGCCACAACCCAUCAAAUGGGUUGUUGGGUUCGACCGUCUUGGAGGGCUGGAGCCUGGUGAUUCCCAGACCCUGACCGUACCUGUCUCUAUUGAAAGUGUUGCUCGAACAGACGAGAAAGGCAACAGAGUGCUGUAUCCAGGAUCGUAUGAGCUGGCACUGAACAACGAGAGAUCGGUCGUUGUCUCAUUCGAGCUGAAGGGCGACAAGGCAGUUCUUCUGAGCUGGCCAGAGGACACAACGAGUCCGUAGUCAUAUAUACUA